AUGGCACAAGAUGGCCAAACGUCCAUCAACAUCCCUCAGCUUAUCGCCGUGGCGGUAGUCGGCUUCCUCGCUAUCCGCUGGUUCAUGAGCAAACCCUCCACGCCCGGCGCAUCCACCUCGCGGCGCAACACGAUUGAUGUGAGCAAGAUCGAGCAGGUAUCUUCGGUAUUCCCGCAGCUCGAUCGGAGGAGCAUAGCGUGGGACCUGCAACGGAAUGGAGGCAAUGUGGAGGCGACGAUGGAACGUGUGCUAGGCGGCAGAGGGCUGGAGUCGCCUCCACCAUCUUUCCAACCCAACAUACCCACACCGGCGACGACGCAGAAUGCGAGUGGAAGCACGGCAUCAGGCAGGAAAUCGAAUGCCCCGCUGCCUGAUCUGAUCACGAGAUACAACCUGCAGACGAGAGUCAGCGGGAAGGGCAAAGAGCCAGUGCCGAGCGAGGAGCAGAAGAGGAACGCGUGGAGUGCGGACAAGAACGCAAGAGCUGAUGCGCUGAAGAAGCGGAGGGAGGACAUGAUUCUGGCGGCGAGGAGGAAGAUGGAGGAGAAGGAGAGGCAGGCAUAG